AGUCCGGGCUUGUCGAACGACCAAGCUCCUGAUUGUUAGCUUGAACACAACUAUGAAUGUUCCUCGUCCCCCUGCGAUGUUACAAACGCCUGGAUUCGCUCACUACUCUGUAGCUUGGUCGCCAUUUCACACUUCGCGUAUUGCACUUGCAUCUGCGGCCAACUUCGGUCUAGUAGGCAAUGGCAGGUUACAUCUCGUCUCUCUUGCACCCGGACCUGGUGGAGUCCCCGCUCUCAACUUAGAUAAACAGUACGACACUCAAGACGGGCUCUACGAUGUAGCAUGGUCUGAAGUUCAUGAAAAUCAGCUAGUGACGGGCUCAGGAGAUGGCUCGAUCAAAUUAUGGGAUAUCAUGUUGAAUGAUUACCCAAUUCGUGCAUGGCAAGAACACAGUCGUGAAGUCUUCUCAGUUGAUUGGUCUAAUAUCAAAAAGGACACAUUUGCCUCCUCAUCAUGGGACGGGAAUGUGAAACUGUGGCAGCCUGAUCGACCUCGUUCUGUGAUGACAUUACAUGCUCACCUAUCAUGUGUUUACCAGGCUCUUUUUUCUCCACAUCAGCCCGAUAUCCUGGCUACUUGUUCUACUGAUGGAACGGUAAAGCUUUUUGACCUUCGCUCUCCCUCCUACGCCACAUCGGAUCCAUCCUCAAACGCCUUCACAAAUCCACUCUCAGCACCCGUCUUGACCAUCCCUGCCUCAGGAACAGAAGUCCUUACCAUUGAUUGGAAUAAAUAUCGCCCAUACCUACUCGCAAGUGGAGGCGUUGACAAAGCUCUCAAAGUAUGGGAUUGUCGGAUGGUGCAGACUAUGCAGCCAAGCCAGCAAGCGGUGGGCGGAGUUUGCGAGCUACAGCUGGCCGGCCAUGAAUAUGCGAUACGAAAAGUACAAUGGAGCCCUCAUCGCCCGGAUGUCAUCGCUUCUGCCAGCUACGAUAUGACCUGUAGAAUAUGGUCUACAUCACCCACAGUUAGCCAAUCCCAUUUACUUCAUAUCCAUGACCCACACACAGAGUUUGUUGUUGGGUGUAGCUGGUCCUUGUACGAUGAAGGUCUACUGGCGAGUUGUUUCUCAGCGAGCGAUGACAUCAAAGAUGAAACAGACCCAGAAGAUAUUUUAUCUACGUCCUUGGAAACCCUGUAUCAAUAUGCUCCCAUCACACAUUCUACUCCUGGUUCUCUGUACACCUACGUGAUUAAACCAUCCUGGCACGAUUUACUAAAACCAAGUUCGAAUUUCAUCACCCUCAAAACACCCGAUACACGAGCAGAGAAUUGGUCCUUGCAUGCGUCGUCCAUCUGGGUAUCAUCCCUCUUUAUAGCCGACCAUCUCGAAGAUCUGCAGUUAGGUCAACGCCGUUAUCAAAAGGAUUUGCGAGUCCUUGAGUUAGGUGCAGGAGCUGGCCUUCCAUCGAUACUUAUAUCCAGAGUAUAUCAAGACGCUCUUGUCACUGUGAGCGACUAUCCCGACGACAGCCUGAUACAAACACUUCUUGAGAAUGUUGAGCGGAAUGAUGUUUCUGAUAGGUGUCGUGUUGUUCCCUAUGCUUGGGGGACCGACAUCUCCAGGCUAAUCUCAAACAAUCGAACACCUGGCUAUGAAGACGAUACACAUUUAUUUGACGUUAUCAUCGCCGCCGACACACUGUGGAAUCCCGAAUCGCAUGGCUCUUUUAUAGAAACUCUAAGAACAUGUCUAAGGAAGACUCCGGAUUCCCGAAUACACCUGGUAGCUGGGCUACACACUGGUCGAUACACUCUCCAAGCGUUCUUCAACACUGUAGAACAAGGAGGCUUCGUCAUUGAGAGCGCUAUAGAAAAGGAGGUCAGUGGGGAUCUCCAACGGUCUUGGAGUGUGACCCGAGCAGAAAGUGAAGAUGAAAAGGAGAGGAGACGAUGGGUGAUAUGGGCAGUAUUGAAGUGGAAACUUUGACUGUUAAACAAGAAAUGCACUACCACUUCUAUCAUAAUAUAUACCGUGUAGUAGUAUGCUAUGGUACAUCAAGCGUCUUUAUCGAUGAUUAGGAACUGCCUGCAGCUUUCCGUUAGGUAUUUUGGUACUGUAUACAUCGUCUUUAACAAGGCUGGAGAUUAUAGAAUAGGUUUAACGAUUGGUAUCUUCCCCGUCCUAUGGGCUGCUUUAUAUUAUUGUUUAUUGUAUUCAUGAAGACGAUUCAAGCUGCAAGGUUCCUGCCCCUAAGUCGAGGAUCUUUACCAAAC